AUGGACGAACAAGAAAUUGAACAAUUAUGCUUUUUAGAAAAGGCUCCUCCCGGAAUCAUACAAGAAUUUAUUAAAGAACACAAUGGACAUACAGUAAUUACAAAAAUUUUAAUAGCAAAUAAUGGGAUUGCCGCAGUAAAGGAAAUUCGUUCUAUUAGGAAAUGGGUUUAUGAAACAUUUGGUGAUGAACGAGCUAUUCAAUUUACUGUAAUGGUUACUCCAGAAGAUUUGAAAAUUAAUGCAGAAUAUAUUCGUAUGGCUGAUCAAUAUAUUGAAGUGCCUAGUGGUCCUAAUAAUAAUAAUUUCGCGAAUGUAGAAUUGAUUGUUGAUAUUGCUGAACGAACAGGUGUUCAUGCUGUUUGGGCCGGAUGGGGUCAUGCUUCAAAAAAUCCACAUUUGCCUGAAUCACUUGCAAAAAGUAAAAACAAAAUUGUAUUUAUUGGUCCUUCAGCCUCUACAAUGAGAUUUCUUGGUGAUAAAAUAUCGUCAACUAUAGUAGCGCAGUCGGCGAAUGUGCCAACAUUGGAUUGGAGUGGUAGUGGUAUUACUCAAACAGAAACUGAUGAGCAUAGUAAUGUGGUUAUUCCCAAUUGUGUUUAUGAAGAUGCACGCAUUAAAGAUGUAGAAAAUGGUUUAAGUAAAGCGGAAGCUAUUGGUUUUCCUGUAAUGAUUAAAGCUUCAAAAAGCAGUGAAAGUAAUUAUAUGCGAAAGGCAACAAAUCCUGAAGAUUUUAAACAAGCUUUCUUACAAAUGCAGGGUGAGAUUCCUGGUUCACCAAUCUUUAUUACGAAGCUUGUAGGAAAUGCUCGUCAUUUGGAAGUUCAAAUUCUUGCUGACCAUUAUGGAAAUGUUAUUUCGUUAUUUAGUCGUGAUUGUUCUGUACAACGACACCAUCACAAAAUUAUUGAAGAAGCACCAGUUAUUAUUGCAAAGCAUGAAACAAUUGAGGCCAUGGAAAAGUCUGCUGUGCGACUAGUCAAGCUUGUUGGUUAUGUUGGUGCAGGCACAGUUGAAUAUUUAUAUGAUAAAGAAAAUGAUUUUUUUUCCUUUUUGGAAUUAAAACCAAAGUUGCAAGCCGAACAUCCAACUACUGAAAUGAUUUCUGGUGUCAAUCUACCUGCAGCUCAAUUGCAAAUUGCUAUGGGUAUCCCACUUCACAGGAUUCGAGAUAUACGAGUUCUCUAUGGAUUAGCACCUCAUGGUACUUCAAAAAUUGAUUUUGAUUUCUCUAAUCCAGAAUCUCAGCAAACUCAGAGGAAACCUGUGCCAAAAGGGCACGUGAUUGCUGUGCGAAUAACCGCAGAAAAUCCUGAUUCUGGAUUUAUGCCAGUUAGUGGAAUGGUACAUGAAUUGAACUUUCGAAGUAACACAAAUGUGUGGGGAUAUUUCUCUGUAAACUCUGCGGGAGGUCUUCACAAAUUUGCUGAUUCCCAAUUUGGCCAUAUUUUUGCAUAUGGUGAGAAUCGUCAACAAUCUCGUAAAAAUAUAAUUAUUGCACUCAAAGAACUUUCGAUUCGUGGUGACUUUCGCACUACUAUUAAAUAUCUAAUAAAGUUAUUAGAAACUCAAACAUUUGAGGAAAAUAAUUUCACUAUUGAUUGGCUUGAUAUGUUGAUAUCUAAUGAAAAUCUUACCAUAGAACAGCCAGACAAGAUGCUUGCAAUAAUAUGCGGUGCAAUUACAAAAGCUUACAUUGCAUCACAAGAAUCUAUCACCAGAUAUAAAUGCUUCUUAGAGAGAGGUCAAAUUCCUAGCAAUGAUAUUUUACGAACUACCUUCAAUAUCGAUUUUAUAUAUGAGGGUACAUUGUAUAAAUUUAUUGCUACUCAAUUUACCCCUUAUUCCUUCAUGCUUUACUUAAACGGCUCCAAGGUACAAGUAUCGAUUCGUGCACUUUCAGAUGGUGGCCUUUUGGUAUUGCUAGAUGGCAAGAGCCAUACAUGCUAUUUUCGUAAAGAAGCUCAAGGAACUCGAUUGAUGAUUGAUGGUAAAAAUUGUUUGCUUGAGCAAGGAAACGAUCCAACUCAGCUUCGUUCUCCGUCUCCGGGAAAACUUGUAAGAUUCCUGGUUGAGUCUGGAAGUCAUGUCAACGCUGGAGAUGUGUACGCCGAGAUUGAGGUAAUGAAAAUGUAUAUACCUUUGAUUGCUGCUGAAUGUGGUGUUGUACGAUUCGUAAAACAAGUAAAUGCGAUACUUGAGACGGAUGAAAUUAUUGGCAUUCUUACUCUUGACGAUCCAAAUCAUGUUCGUCAUGCGAUUUCCUAUGAAGGUCAACUUCCUAUUUUGAAUCCUCCAGUCAUUAUAGGUGACAAAGUUCAUCAAAAAUAUGCUCAUGCCAUACAUAUUAUUACGUGUAUUUUGGAUGGUUAUGAUAAUCAAGCAAUGUUACAAAAUAGUAUCAAAGAGAUAAAUGAACUUUCAAGAAAUCCAGAACUUCCAUAUUUAGAAUUUCGUUCUAUUCUAUCGACUCUUUCUGGAAGAAUUCCAAUAAAACUUGAUUUAUCUCUACAAAGUGAAACAGAUCAACGAAACCAAGAAUUUCCCGCAAAACUUCUUAAAAAGAUUAUCGAUAAUUACUUGUGUGAUUUUGUUGCAAAGACUGAUGUUAGUUUUAUGACAUUAAUAAAUCCUUUAUUGGAAGUUAUUAAUAAAUACAUAGCAGGAGUAAAAUAUCGUAAAUGGAAUGAUAUUAUUUACUUUCUAAAUAAAUAUCAUGAAGUUGAGAUGCUAUUCUCAGACUCUGAUAAGACUGAAGAAGAAGUUAUUCUUGCUUUACGUGAUAAAUAUAAAGAUGAUUUAGAUAAAGUGAUUAGUAUUGUUUUGUCACAUUCCAAAUGUAGUUCAAAAAAUGACCUUAUUAUACAUCUGUUGGAUCAAAUUAAACCUGAUAAUUUUGGGCAAGCACUCAAGUUUUUCUCACCUGUCCUAAGAAAAUUGGCAGAACUUCAAGGAGAAUCUACAAAGAGUAUUUCGUUGAAAGCGCGUGAAUUACUAAUUCAUGGUCAUCUACCAUCAUAUGAAGAACGUUAUGUACAAAUGGAACAAAUUCUCAGAGCAGCAGUUAUGGAAUGUCAUUAUGGUGACGAUGGAUAUGACUAUCAUGCUCCUAGUCAUGAUUCUCUUAAGGAACUUAUUGACACUCGAUUUGCCGUAUCUGACGUUCUACAAAACUUUUUUUAUCAUCAAGACGUAUGGAUUAGUCUCGCUGCGUUGGAAGUAUAUGUCCGACGUGCUUAUCGUGUAUAUCAACUUAUGGACUUUGAUUAUUAUACUGAACAAGCCCCGUAUAUGAUCUCUUGGAAGUUCUUAAUUCACAGUACUAAUCUGGAUACUGCAACAAAGUCCCCUUUACAUGCAACGUUCCAUAAUAUAACACGCGUUGAAAAUAAUAUAUUUGAUUCAAAAUAUUUAAUGCCAAAUUCACCCAGUGAGCCCAUUUGGAUAGGAGUGAUGAUUUCAUGUACUUCAAAUGAGCAAGUUGCACAAAACUUUCCACGAAUUUUAAAUAUAUUUCGCCAAUACGGUUGUAAGGAACGAAACUCAACCGAUGGUAGUUUUGAUAAUAUUUUCUAUAUUGCCUUAAGGCCAGGUGAUGAUCCGAUAGAUGACGAAAUUUUGAAAAGAGAUUUACAAUCUACAAUUAAAUGUCAUGCAGUCGAGCUUCGAGAGUAUAAGAUUAGACGUGUUACUGUUAUCUUAUUCCGAAAAGGUCAAUAUCCUGGAUAUUUUACUUUUAAGGAACCACCAAAUUAUUUAGAGGAUUCAACAAUACGUCAUAUUGAACCCGCAAUGGCAUAUCAACUUGAACUUUCAAGAUUAUCAAAUUUUGACAUUAAACUUUGUUCUAAUGGUAAUCAGAUUCAUAUUUAUUAUGCAAUUGGCAAAAAGAAUGCUUCAGAUUGCAGGUUUUUUAUUCGUGCCUUAGUUCGUCCUGGUCGUUUGAGGAAUAGUGUACAUACAGAUUAUCUUCUCUCAGAAACUGACCGGCUUUUAAAUGAAAUUUUGGAUACCCUUGAAAUCUGUAGUUCAGAAUAUAAAAAUUCUGAUUGUAAUCAUUUGUUCAUAAAUUACAUUCCAACAUUUGUCUUGGAACCACGUCAAAUUGAAGAAGCUGUUAAAAGCUUUAUUGAAAGACAUGGAAAAAGACUAUGGAGAUUACGGGUUAUUGAUGCAGAAGUUCGAUUCAAAGUAAAAGAUCCAAUUCAAGGAAAACAAUAUCCCCUACGAGCCAUAAUAAAUAAUUUUUCUGGAUAUGUUGUUAAAGUAGAAACUUAUCAAGAAGUUAGAACAGAGGGUGAUAAUUUAAUACUUAAAUCAAUUGGAAAAAUCGGAUCUAUUCAUUUACAAAAUGCGUAUGUUCCUUAUCCAACAAAAGAACGAUUACAACCAAGACGUUUCAAAGCUCAUUUAAUGGGCACUACAUAUGUUUAUGAUUUUCCAGAAUUAUUUCGCCAAGCAGUUCAAACACAAUGGAAUCAUGCUAUUGUUAAUUGUCCGGAAUUAAAAUGCCCACCAGAUGUAUUAGAGGUUAAAGAAUUAGCUUUGGAUGAACAAGGACAAUUACAAGAAGUUGUUCGUUCAGCAGGUAGUAAUACAUGUGGUAUGGUAGCAUGGUUGUUCACACUUUUUACACCAGAAUAUCCUAAAGGUCGUAAAAUUAUUGUAAUCGCAAAUGAUAUUACAUAUCAAAUGGGAACAUUUGGUUUUGUUGAGGAUCAAUUUUUUACCAAGGCAACUGAACUUGCUAGAAAGUUAGGAAUUCCAAGAAUAUAUCUUUCAGCUAAUUAUGGAGCCAGGAUUGGUUUGGCAAAUGAAUUAAUGAAUAAUUUUAAGGUUUCUUGGAAAAAUGAAAAUAAUCCUAGUGAAGGUAUUAAUUACUUAUUUCUUGAUGCCGAAACUUACAAACAGUUGAAUAAAAAUGAAAAGAAAUCUGUAAUUGCUGAGAAGCUAGUUGAAAAUGGAGAAGUUCGAUAUAAGAUCACUGAUAUCAUAGGUAUUACUGAUGAGCUUGAAUUAGGGUCUUUAAAAAGUCCAGGUGCAGCAUCACAAGCGUACAAUGAUAUAUUCACAAUUACUCUUGUUACUUGCUGUUCUGUUGGUAUUGGUGCACAUUUAGUCCGUCUUGGUCAACGAACAAUCCAAAAUGAGGGACAACCUAUUAUACUUACUGGUGCGUCAGCUUUAAAUAAAGUUCUCGGUCGAGAAGUUUAUAUGUCAAAUUUACAACUUGGAGGAACACAAAUUAUGCAUAGAAAUGGUAUCUCACAUCUUACAGCUCAAAAUGAUCUGGAGGGUAUUACCAAGAUUAUCCAAUGGCUUUCUUAUGUUCCAUCAGCUCGGGAUUUGCCAGUACCUAUAUUUGAAAAUUCAGAUACUUGGGAUCGAGAUAUUGAUUAUAUACCACCUAAAGGAUUAUAUGAUCCACGUUGGCUAUUGGCAGGCAAAUCUGAAGCAGAUAAUUGGAUCAGUGGAUUUUUUGAUCGAGAAUCUUUUUUAGAGACAUUAGGUGCUUGGGCAAAGACAGUGGUAGUUGGUCGUGCACGUCUUGGUGGAAUUCCCAUGGGAGUAAUUGCAGUUGAAACACGUAUAGUGGAGCAUAUAAUACCAGCAGAUCCAGCUAAUUCGGAAUCACAACAAGAAAUUAUUAUAGAAGCAGGACAAGUUUGGUAUCCAAAUUCAGCUUAUAAAACAGCACAAGCAAUAAAUGAUUUUAAUAAAGGAGAACAACUUCCUUUAAUGAUAUUUGCAAAUUGGCGAGGAUUUUCAGGUGGUCAACGUGAUAUGUUUUUAGAGAUAUUAAAAUAUGGAUCAUAUAUUGUUGAUGCGCUUAUAGAUUAUAAACAACCAGUUUUCGUUUACAUAGUGCCAAAUGGAGAACUUCGUGGAGGAGCAUGGGUGGUAGUUGAUCCAACAAUUGAUGAAAGUAAGAUGGAAAUGUAUGCAGAUGAAAAAGCUAAAGCAGGAAUUCUUGAACCGGAAGGUAUUGUUGAGAUAAAAUAUCGGAAUGCACAGUUAAUUUCUACAAUGGAACGAUUAGAUGAAACAUAUAGAAAACUUAAAAAAUCAUUAGAAGAUCCUUUAAAAACAGAGGUAGAGAAAAGCAAAAUUGAAAUACUUUUAAAAGCACGGGAACAAGAAUUACUUCCAGUAUAUUCUCAAAUUGCUUUACAAUUCGCGGAAUUACAUGAUACACCUGGUAGGAUGAAAGCCAAAAAUGCGAUUCGCAAGAUUUUGGAAUGGAAAAAUGCUAGAAGAUUCUUUUAUUGGCGUGUAAGAAGACGUAUACAUGAAGAAUAUAUGUUUAAAAAAUUAAUUAACAUUAAUCCUAACUUUACAAGAAAUCAAAUAAAGAACUAUUUAAUGGAAUGGUUUUAUAAUGAUGUUGGGGCAGAAUUUAAUUGGGAAGAAUCAGAUUUUAAAGUUGCAAAAUGGAUUGAUGAAAUGCUUGAAAAUUUCAAUGAUGAUGAAAGAAACGAGGGUAAUAAUAUUAUUAAUAUAAAAUCCAGCACUAGCAAAAAAGAUUUAAUAAAUUUAAGAAUCAAAAAUAUUAAGAAUGAAAUGGUAACAAAAAAAGUAGUUGAACUAGCAAAAAUAAAUCAACAGGCUGUAAUAGAUGGAAUAUCUAAAAUAUUAGGAAGUUUAGCUUCGGAGGAAAAAAUAAAUAUUUUGGAAAAGUUGAACAAAACUUUAAAUAAUUAA